AUGAUAUCGAUUAAGACAACGUCACUCACGGACGCGAUCGACUUCUAUUUCCAACUCUGCUCGAUAGAGGGCAACUGUGAGUCGCUGAGUGUGAUGGCGGCUACGUUGGCCAAUGGAGGUGUAUGCCCCAUCACAAAUGAGAAAUGCAUUGACUCAAAUCCCUGCCGAGAUGUGUUGUCACUGAUGUACAGUUGUGGCAUGUACGACGCUUCAGGACAAUUUUCGUUUUCGAAACUCAUUGCCAAGUUCAACUUCCACAAUUAUGACUGCCUUUUGCAUACCACGUCGAAUAAAAUUGACCCACGACGACGAGAUAUUCGUGAGCGGGACGCUGUCAUGCCAGCGAUGUAUGUGGCGCGAUCCAGAGAUAUGUGGCCAUUACAC